CUUAUAAUUAUGCAGAAAAACUUGAUAAAGAACAAGAAUAUCAUAAAGCAUUUACUAUUUUUAACCAAAUUUCUCAAAGAGAUGACUCUAAGUUCCAGAAAAAUGCAUUACAUAUCAAAAAGAAAGCUUUAGAUAAGAAUAAAUAUAUUAAAAUGAAUUCUAAUCAUUUCAUUUCGAUUGAAGAAUCUGAUGUUUUUCAAAAUAUUGAACAUAAUAAUGGAAUAACAGUUUUUAUCACACAAGGUUACUCACCAAUUCUUAUUCAUGAAGAUGCUACAAAAAAAUUGAAAACAAUCAAGGAGUUCCCAGAUCUAAAUCUAC